UGUCUAAACUAAGCUAAGCUUCAUCCAUGGCGGAAAAUCCCAUCCGAUUCGGUAUCUUAGGAUGUGCUGACAUAGCACGCAAGCUAUCUAGGGCCAUAAACAUUGCUCCAGGCGCAGUAAUCCACGCCGUCGGCAGCCGAUCGCAGGAGAAGGCAACCUUAUUCGCCUCCGAUAACAGUUUCCCCGCCGGCGCCAAGGCUUACGGAACUUACGAAGCCGUCCUAAACGAUCCAGAUGUGGACGUCGUCUACAUUCCUCUUCCGACAAGUCUGCAUGUACGCUGGGCAGUCCUCGCCGCACAGAAGAAGAAGCACAUCCUCCUCUAGAAACCGGUCGCUCUUAAUGUUAAGGAACUCGACCUCAUUCUGGAAGCCUGCCAAGAA